CUUUUGUAAGAAGGGGUAUUGUUGAACUUUUGUUAAAGAUGAUUGCCGAGCACCCUUAACGAGCAAGAAAAGCAAAGUAAGUACAAGAACCAAGCAAGGAACCAGAUCUAGGGUUCUUCUUCCAUCGACUGCCCGAAAUCCAAUUCUCUCUCUCUCUCUUCGUUUUCCCGGCUACACAGAGAUGGCACUCGAGUGGGUGAUGCUUGGGUACGCGGCGGGCGCGGAGGCGAUCAUGGUCCUCCUCCUAACAAUCCCAGGCCUCGACGGACUGCGGAAGGGACUGAUCGCCGUGACUCGCAACCUUCUGAAGCCGUUCUUGUCGGUGGUCCCGUUCUGCCUGUUUCUGCUGAUGGAUAUCUACUGGAAGUACGAGACCCGGCCGAGCUGCGACGGCGAAUCCUGCAGCCCGAGCGAGCAGCUCCGCCACCAGAAAUCAAUCAUGAAGAGCCAGAGGAACGCCCUGUUGAUCGCCGCGGCGCUGAUCUUCUAUUGGCUGCUUUACUCCGUCACCAAUCUCGUCGUCAAGAUCGAGCAGCUGAAUCAGCGCGUUGAGAGGCUCAAGAGCAAGGAGUGAUGGAAUGUGCUCGGCGGCGGCGGUGGUGGUCGUCGUCGACGAACAGCCAGAUAAGUGCAUUUUUAGCAAAGUGGGUUCAUCUAUCUAGUUUUUUGCCAUUUCCCGGUGUUUCCUACUACGAUCGAGUAUGUGCGCUUUAACCCGUUCAUCGUUUUCUUGUAGACGCUUGUUUAGUAAUCGUGUUUGUAAUGUGUUUCUGUUUGUGAGGUUUCCCAUGGACCAUUCAAAUUCUGCUUGUUGAAUUUGAUGGAAGGUUAAGCAUUAUGCUUAGGACAAUACAAUAUAAUAAUAACGUUCGUUCUUUCCAAUCGAAUUUGUUUCCUUUCCUGCCUGUGUUCCUUGAUUUGGUCUCCCAAGUUUCAGCCCGUGAAGCAUUAGUAUUCAAUUAGGCUGCAGUUUGUUAGAUAGAUUGUUGAAUGCGCUUCUUUAUUCCAUGGUGAAUUUACAAGUCAAUACUCUUUUGAAAGCAGUUUUGAUAUGCAUGUAUCGAUUUCCGGAGUUUAUGCUUGAAGCACUAUGAUUCAAUUGUAACUGCUUGAUCUUGUGUUAUGUUGUUGCCUUUAGCUCUAGAAUAGACAGACUGACUUCCUUGAUGUUCUAGGAUGGGAAGAACAGAGUUACACAUAGAUAAGCACCCUCUCCAAGUCAUUGUCUUUAUUGUCAGUAAUGGAAGCAAUCGUCCCUACCGUCGUAAUAUAAGAGCACCUGGCUCGCUCAUUCACAAGGGCUCAUUCUAUGUCCAAACAUCACAUACCAGCAGAUGUGGUCACCAUCAUAGGUACUCAAGAUAUUGUGUGUGGAAAGGUGGAUAGAUAGGACUACAAGUUGCUCGAUUAGGAACCUAGCUUUAUUGCAAGAUUUUCAUGACAACUUCUUGAUGGUGGUUGGUGUAUAUGGGCCUUUCUAUGUACUGUUCCCUCCGUAGUAGUUCUGGUAUUCUUGACGAGACCACCAUGCAUUCUCGUGGGUCUGCUAUAUCUCAUGUUUUCAAAACAGUAAGAAGGCGAGGCCAUUGUAAUGUCACUAUGUCAGGCAAGAAAAUUACUUUCUCAAGUUUAAUCUUGCCUUUUGUGUGAAGCAACAUUAACCUGCUUAGGACCAUAAUCUUUCGUAUAUGUGCGCUCUGUUACUGCUUGCUGUUGUUAGGAGGUGGAGCGGCAGAGGUUGAGAUUUGAGAUGUUGGAUUAGAUGGCUGGAUAAUGAAUGGGGUUUGAUGGAUAUAAUUAAGGGUUGAACACUUACCUGGGGUUAUGAAAGGUGCAAACGGACGUUUGAAAAGUAUUGAAAGGUCCGUCGGGAAAAGUGGGGAAAAUAAGAGGACAAAGGAGAGGAAAAUGCAGUGGAAACUCCAUGGAUAGGUGUGGAGAAAGUUGGUGGCAGAGCGCUUUUGGAUUGUUUUAUCUCGAAUCUGGGGGUGAGGGAGUGAGUGGGCGAUCCAAAUAUGAGGUGAUGGUAAUUUUAUAAUGAAGGGGGUGUGUGGCUAACAUAUGCCUGCCACGCUCUUUCCCACUUACCCCCUCUUCUUUCUUUUCAUCAAAAGAGGUCGGGUAGAUCACUAGAUUGUGGAUAUGGUGGGAAGAUGGUGAUCUAUAAACAUGUGGUCACUUGGGUAUUGAUUUCUUUUAGUAGCGUGUUGUUAUCAUUUUCAGAUCUUUUUUCUAACUUCUUUCCAAAUAAAGAAGAUGAUAGAGAAAUGGUUUAUGAAGCGGAGAGAGAUUUAGUCAAGAACAAACAAACGCAAUGAAGGACAAAAACAAAGAAUACACUUAGAAUAAAAACUAAGGCGCGAA